AUGGCCAUAACUCCACAGUCAGACAUUCAAGUGACCACUCGCCAAAUCCCCGAGUGGCAACGUAUACCGAACACUUCGAUCCAAUCCAAGCCGCUCAUGAUAUACCAUGGGGCCUUCAAUGCCACAGCUACAGAGCUCGAAGAUCACCUGGAGGCAGUAGGCGAGGUUGUUCCUCAGUGGGUGUUUAGCAUGUACACCCAAACCCACUUUCACUCCACAACGCCAGAGGUGCUCGGGGUCGUUUCAGGGAGAGCACGUCUGUGUUUUGGAGGCGGAAAGAACCCCGGACGAUUUGAGCCAACGGUACAGCGCGGUGAUUUUAUCAUUGUGCCUGCGGGCGUGGGUCAUCGACUUUUAGAGGACCUGCACUGGAAUCAGGAAGAGUUCCAAAUGGUGGGCGCAUAUCCACUCGGAAAACAGUGGGAUAUGUGUUAUGGGAGGCCAGAAGAGGAAGCAAAGUUGCGGAGAAUCAAGGAUGUGGCGUGGUUCCGUCAAGAUCCAUUGUAUGGUGGUGACGGCCCUGCCAUGCACGUCUAA